AUGCCUGUGGGGAGGCCAAAUCCAGUGUUUGACGAGCAUACUGAUUUUGAUUGUGAUGAAUGGUUUGCAACAAAUGAGGAAAAGAAUGAAUCAGAUUUGAAGAAUCUUACAUGGAUACUUACACGGAUGUUAGCUGAUGAGAAGAUUAUCCCUGGUUGGGCAGCAUUUAAUGAAGUAACAUGUGUAAGUAUCCUCAAUUGAUCCUCCCUUGACCACACCUGGGAUGUUACCAAUUCUCCAAGCAUUUGCAGCUGAAAACAAUACUGUGACAACUGUAAUUAAUCAUUUAUGUCUAUAAGUGAAAAGCCUAUCAACUAUUUACAAUCAUCACAGCAGAUCAACCACUCUAUAGCAGAGGUAAGGAAUUAAUUUGGGCAAACUAUGAGAAAUAUGGAAAUGUUGUUCUUAUCAUGGGUCAUUUGCACAUAAUAUUUAAUUUUCUGAAGGCUAUUGGACAGCAUAUGGAAAAUGCUGGUCUUCUAGACGUCUGGGUAGAAUCUGGGCUAUUUGCAUGUAGUAGUACAGAUCAAAUAAUGGAAGGUAAGUCUUACUAUAGAGCAGUCAGGGGGCACACUUUGGCAUAUUAUUCAUUAAACCGUAUUUACUGGAAUUAUUUUGUGAAGUGGGUGGGUACACAAGAGCACUUAAAGACACCAGAGCUGAGGAUGAAAAUUGGCGAGAUUGUUCAAGAAUUUAGUAAAGGUGACAUAGAUAGUAAGAUUGAAAGGUAAGUUCUUUAGUUGAGUUGUUAAAUGAUACUGCUAUACUAGAGUUAAUGAAGGAAUACGAUAACAACCAGCAAGAUAUACCAAAUUUUGUCCUAUGGCGAACCUACAUGAAGAUGGUGGAAACACUCCUGAAUUUUAUAAGGGCUAAUCGAGAAGGCAACUGGAAUCCUCAUCUACAAUCAUUUGCUGAUAUGCUAUCUUGGAUAGCAGUUUAUGAUCACACCAAUUACGCCACAUGGGGAACAAUAUAUCUAACUGAGAUGAAAAAUCUAGAAAUAUCUCAACCAAUCAUUCAUCAGGAGUUUAUGAAUGGAAACUUUUUUGUUCGGCGUGGCAAAGGCUGAUUUAGCCAAGUCUCUAUCGAUCAGGCGACUGAAUGGCAAAACAGAGUCUGCAAGAUUUCAAAUGGCAUUAUUGGGAUAACCAGGAAUGACACUGCUAGAGACAAAUUUUGCUUUACAUGGGCUGAAAGAUCUUAUAUUUCUCAUUCUACUAGAUGUCUGUUGGAAAUAGAAAAUGAAGAUGAAGAUCAUCUGAUCUCUACAAGAAAAGAUCAACGUUUUUGGACUGGAAGGAGAAGAACUGGAUGGUGGUAUUAUGGAAGAAGAAGAGAAUGA